UACAUCAAACUAGAUGAGGUACGAAUCUGCCGAGGUGUGCCGAAUGUACGUUCAUUAACAUUAUCCACUGUGGACUUUCGGAGUUCAAUUAUUGCAAUACAAAUGGCCGAAAUAAGAAAUAGAUCAAGAUCUAAGGAUAUACAGUCAGUACCUCAGUCUGAUGAUGAAGAGGUAACAGAUAUUCCAGGAAAUCCUCAGCUGCAGGAUACAAAGGCUUUACCACAAGGGUCAGAUAAAACAACUGAGGUACUGGACACUGCGUUGAAAGAUUUGACACCCAGAUGGAGAAACUGGAUCAUUCGGGGAAUAUUUACAUGGCUGAUGAUUUUUGGUUUCUUCUUUUUGGUGUAUCUUGGCCCUCUUGCUUUGGUAUUAACUAUAUUUGCAAUACAGAUCAAGUGUUUUCAUGAGAUCAUAACCAUUGGAUACACUGUGUACAAAUCUUAUGAUCUACCUUGGUUUAGAACACUGAGUUGGUACUUUCUAUUUACAUCAAACUAUUUUUUCUAUGGAGAGAGUCUCAUUGAAUACUUUGGAGUUUUGCUGCAUAGAAUGGAAUUCCUCCGGUACUUGGUAUCCUACCAUAGGUUCAUAUCUUUUUCCCUAUACAUAGCAGGAUUUGUGGGAUUUGUUUUCAGUCUGGUGAAGAAACACUAUGUGAAGCAGUUUACACUGUUUGGAUGGACCCAUGUUACUCUGUUAAUCAUUGUCACUCAAUCACAUUUGAUAAUUCACAACGUUUUUGAAGGAUUAAUUUGGCUUCUGGUACCAGUUUCAAUGAUCAUAUGUAAUGAUAUUAUGGCAUACAUGUUUGGUUUCUUCUUUGGUAAAACCCCUCUAAUACAGCUCUCACCAAAGAAGACUUGGGAAGGUUUUAUUGGUGGAGCAAUAUCUACAGUCUUUUUUGGAUUUUUGAUAUCUUACAUUUUGGUUCAGUUUGACUAUUUUGUGUGUCCUGUGACAUAUGAUGAAGCAAGUGAUAAUUUAUCAAUGGACUGCAUUCGUCAUCCUGUCUUUAUUCUGACUGAGUUUGGUCUCCCUCUCGUCAUUCAAAAGUUCUUUAGCAUAUUUGGAUUGUCAUGGACCACAGUAAAAAUCUACCCUUUCAUUCUCCACUCAAUUUCCUUGUCAGUGUUUGCUUCAGUUAUUGGACCAUUUGGAGGAUUUUUUGCAAGUGGAUUCAAAAGAGCAUUUAAGAUAAAGGAUUUUGGUGAUCUGAUCCCUGGUCAUGGAGGCAUCAUGGAUAGAUUUGACUGCCAAUUUCUGAUGGCAACUUUUGUAAAUGUUUAUUAUGCCAGUUUUAUAAGAGCCCCAAAUCCACAGAAAAUAAUUCAAAGUGUACUUCUUCUUACAUCAGAGGAACAACUUCAUGUUUUCAGCAUGCUUAAAGAGAAGCUGAUUCAAAAUGGGAUUCUUAACGAAACAUUGUCUUGAUGUUAUGUGUUGUUUUAUUCAUGUAAAAACUAAGUGUGGUAAUAUUUUACUUUAUUAGAUAUUUAAUUCAAUUACGUAUUUUUAGCUCAUUUGAAGGUUCAAAUGAUCUUUUCUGAUCUCCUAAUGUCUUAUGUCAGUAAACUUUUCAAAUUUUGUUCUCAAGAACACUGGGUCAGUUUCCACCAUUCUAGGCAAAAUGAUUCCUUUUUGGAAGGGAAAUCUAAAUUGGUUUUUUUUCCUCUUUAAAGAGGAGAAAUGCCAAUAAUUACGACAAAGUUUGAACUACCCAUUAAAUUUACCUUGAAGAACUAGAUAUGAUAUGGGCCUAAAAUGGCCCCCUAAAAUGAACAUCAUCAUUUUACUGUAUUUCUUUGUUUUCUUUGUACGGAUAUAUAUGUGAUGUUUUUACAUAAUGUUCAUUUAGAUUCAACUGCUCACAAUUUAGAAAUAUGACAUCGUAAUGACAACCUUUUCCCACCAUUUUAGCAUAAAACAGCUUGUUUUCAAGCAGUUAUUCUUUCAGAAAACAUAGAGCACAUGAACAAACAAAAUAUUUUAAUCAGAGAUGUAUCUAGCCCCGACUAAUCAGUGACAAAAAAAUUUUCUUUGUUCAAGCAUGCGCUCUAUAUUUCCCAUUCAUAAAAAGAUAAGAAAAAAGUUAAUUUUUGACUGAAUUUGAUUUAAUUAUAGAAAUAGCGUCACUUCUGACGUCAUAUACUGCCAGUGGGUGCAAAUAAAUCAAAUAAAAAGGUGAAAAAUGUAUUUUACAUCAACUCCUCUAAAAUGUAACAUAAAGUUUUAUUGUACCAGAAACACUUUUUAAAAAUGUCAAAUUAUGGGGGCCAAAUUUAACUCUUAUCAUAUAUAGUUCUUUCUGAAAGUUAUUUGUUUAGCUAUAUAGUAUUAAUAAUUGAAGAAAAACUGAAGUGUGACACUUAAUUCUAAAUAUUUAACAGAACUCUUCUUCAUUAGAAGACAUAUAGCCAGAAAUAAUGGCAACGACCACUCAGCCCUCCUAUUGAUGGAAAAUUUAUAAUUCUUCAAACUGAAGCCAGCUGGGGCUCAAAGAUCACAAAAGAAUAUAGAAAGGGAAAUCAUUAAAAAUCCUUUUUUUUAAAAUCUUUAAUUCUACAGUUUAUGGUAGUACCAUUCACAUCCUGAUAUAAUGUGUAUUGUAAAUUAUUCAAACCAGGACUCAUGAGAUGGGGGCUCAUGAGGGGUCAAAAUUCAGCUAUAGAAUUAAUGAAUAAAAUUUUUUGGUAAUUUUCCAAAAAUUGCUGUUCCACAAUUUGACAAAUAUCAGGCAACCAAUAGCAUCCAGACAAAAAAGAAGAUUCUUAAAAAUGUUCAAUUCAUGACCAUUACUGAACCCUAGGAGAGGUUCAACUUGGGGUAGUACAAAACACACUGAAACUUGAUUAUUUGAAAUGUUUUCUCAAUUGCACAAAAUAGUGGCCUAAUAUUUUGUAAAAGUUAAUUUCAAUCCAUUAUGUUAAGAAAAAUGCAUAAAUUAAAUCAUACCCAUCAUUGAAUUAAAGCAGAAAAAUCGAGGUACAAUGUAUUUUGAUUAUUUUUAAACCUACAUUUGAACGGUGUUCAUUACAUUUUAGCCUUAUACAUGUACAUGUAUCAUCUAAGCUAGAAUAUGUAACUCUUGUUUCUUCUUUAGUAAAGACCUUAAACUUGGACAAAAUCAUCACGUCAAGUGUUUAGGAUUUAUGCUCAUCAUAUUCAAACUCAUAACCAAAGGUGAAAUAUAUCAUCUAGGACUUUUAUCCAUAUUCACCUCUUUCAAAUGUUUUAAAAUUGCAAUUAAUCUAAAACACAUGGUCAAUUUUUCACUUAAUAUUUGUUUAUUAAAUGGGGGUAUGACAAUCAUACAGUUAAACUUAUUGAAAUUUGAAGCAUACAAUUUCUGUAUAGAGACCUCCAAGUGCUGUUUUUACAUUAUUUUGCAUCAGAAUUUACUAUAAGCCACCAGUUCGAAUACAGUUCAGUUUUUUAAAGUAAAAAAAUGUCUUGUGUACAAAUGCAGCACAAACAUUUGUAAUAUCUUUGAAAGUAACUCAUAGGUAUGCCAAAUUCUAUGAAUGACAAUUCAAUUUUACACUUCACUGAAAGGAGGUUGAAAUUUAAGGUUUGAAGCAAAGUGAGCAAAGAUCUAUACAUGUAUAUGAGAAGGGCCUAAACUGCCCCCUCCCCCAAAUAAUUUGAUAACCUUUUAACAUUUUUAAAACUGGUGUAAUGGGGGGAUUUGCACGACUGUUAUCAUAUACAGUCCUUUAAAAUUUUUACUGGUUCCUUUCCAAAGAACAAAAUAUUGAACUAUCAGAAAAAAUUGAAAAAUAGAAAAAAUCCAUGUACAGCUUUCCCCCACCCACCUCCAUGUAUAACUGAUAAAACAGUUUUGAUUGAUUUAAAAUACAUUGAAUAGGUAAAAUAAAUUAUUAUGAAGCUGAUGUACACCAAAUUCAGGGAACUGUAUGUAGUCAAUAAAAUAAAAUUUGUGUACUUUUUAAAAGAGUUGUUUGACCUUCAUGGAAAUUAAGAAAAAAUCAUUUUCUCAAAAUAUAGGCUGUAAGUUAUGAGUAUUUUAGCAUUUUCUAAGAAGGGGAAAGAUUGCAUUAUUUUACUAAAAGAUCUCUAAAGAUUUUUAUAAAAAUAACUUGUACCAAAGAGUUUUAAAAAUGUAAUUGUCCAAUAGGCUUCAAGAAGUGAUAAAUUGUUACUUUUCAAAAUGUUCAAUAAUUUCAAUGAUGAAUUUCUAUUAUGUGAUAAAUCCUAUACUAAGAUUCUAGUGAUCAAACUUUCAAUCUAUUUGUCAGAUUUGAAAUAAGAUAGUUAUGGAUGGGCUAUCAUAAGUCAAAGUUUUGCUUAAAAUAAAAACGAAGAAUGAUGUUACAAGAACUCACUUUAGAACUGACAGUCAGGUGAGAUGUUGCCCAUUGGCCUCACAUUAGAUUAUAUAUAUAUAUAUAUAUAUAUAUAUAUAUAUAUAUAUAUAUAUAUAUAUAUAUAUAUAUAUAUAUAUAUAUAUAUAUACAUGUAUAUUUAUUUAUUUAUUUAUAUAUGAAGAUGUAUAAAAUUGCACAUUCAAGAAACGAAUUGGCUCAUCUUAUUUAUUCAACAUUUCUCGUUUCUUAAUUUUUAUGUACACCUUAAAGAAGUUCCCAGUAAAUGUACUGACUUUUUACGUAAUCAUUCAAUGUUAUUUCAUUGCAAACAUAUAUUUUAAUGCAAAUCCACACUGAUUUGGAUCCGCCAAAGCGUGUGUACCACCUUUAUCUCAUUUUUGCUAUUUCGUACUGCUUUAUCGAAAAUGAAAGUAUGGUUUUAAUUUAUUUCUCAAUGAUUACUUAUUUGGUAAAAUUCAGUGAUAGCUUACAGACAUCAACUCACAUGUGAUGAAUUACUAAAGGUUUAAGCAAUUACUCUGGUGCAGGCUUUUCGUAGUUUAUUGGGAAUAAGUAUAGAAAUUUAAAUAUAGUGAUGAUGAAUGAAUUUUAGCUCACCUGUGAUUUAGAUUUAUGUGAAGUUUUAUGAUUUAAUGUUUGUCCAUUCCUUUGUUGACAUUGUUAGUAUUUCUAUGUCCACUUUGCCAGUUUACCCAAACUUGACACAAUGAUUAAAAUCUUUGUUUGAAGCCUUUAAAUUUUGUUUGAUAUAAGUGCAAUGCAUGCAUACGCUCUUUUUAAAUAAAGGUCAAAGUUUUACAUAGGAAUAUGUAGAGUAAAUCUUUAAAAAUCUUUUUUUUCAAAAACUAAUCAGCCAGAUGAUUCUUUAUAAUUGCUAAGACUUUGGCCCAGGACAAUUCAUCGGCCUCACAAGAAGGUUCAGAGUUUGAUGUAGGUUUAUAUCCCAUAUAGAAACAAUUGUUAAGGAUCUUUUUGAGAACUGCAGUACUCAACAUGUGAUAUGACUAUAAAAUCAUCCUGUUAGAAAAGGGACUAAUGAUUAUAAACAUAAGGAUAUCGAGGGGGAAAAUGGAUUUUAUUUAUACAGGAUCUACAUGUAUUAUUGUUCAUUGUCCAGAUUGUUUGUAUUGUGACUCCAUUAGGCUGAUUAUAUCAUACCUAUUGUUCCUAAGGUGAGCGAUGUGGCCCAUGGGCCUCUUGUAUCCUGUAUAUUAGUGGAUAUUGAAUCAAUGCAUUGAAUGUGUAUUUUUUACUUGAAAAGAUUUUGACUACCA